CUUCCUCUCCUCCUUUCUCUUGAUCGGUUCUCCAUUCAUUUUCCAGAAAAACAAACAACCACCGUAGCUUACACAUUCUCUUUUUCAUUUUGCGAAUAAUUGUUGAAUAAUAUUAUAUUGGCAGAAUAACAGAAACAGAAAUGUGGGUGUUUUAUCUGAUAUCAUUGCCCCUGACAAUGGGGAUGGUGGUUUUCACGUUGAAAUAUUUUGCUGGGCCUGACGUCCCCAAAUACGUCCUUUACACCGUUGGAUAUACCUGGUUCUGUUCUCUAUCCAUUAUCAUCCUUGUUCCUGCUGACAUCUGGACGACAUUAAGUGGUCAGCACAAUGGAGCAAUUUCAUUCUUUUGGGGCUUAACAUAUUGGAGUACAUUUUUGCUUACAUGGGCUGUGGCACCUACCAUUGAGGGUUAUGAAGAUGCUGGAGACUUCACAGUGACAGAAAGAUUGAAGACUAGCAUACAAGGAAAUUUGGUCUUCUACCUUUGUGUGGGCUCCAUUGGAUUCUUUGGAUUUAUACUAGUAAUUACUCUUCGAAAAAAUUUGAGUGGAGGAAUUAUGGGUUUAGCAAUGGCUUGCUCAAACACUUUUGGACUUGUAACUGGUGCAUUUCUUCUUGGUUUUGGUUUGAGUGAAAUUCCAAAGGGCAUCUGGAAAAAUGCAGACUGGCCUGCUCGUCAAAAGGUCUUGUCGCACAAAAUUGCUAAAAUGGCUGUGAAACUUGAUGAUGCUCACCAAGACCUUUCAAAUGCUAUAGUGAUCGCUCAGGCAACAUCAAAGCAAAUGUCUAAGCGUGAUCCUUUGAGAUCCUUCAUGAAUAUUAUCGAUAAUAUGUUGCUUCAAAUGUUAGAAGAUGACCCUUUGUUCAAACCGCAAGGUGGGAGAUUAGGAGAAAAUGAUAUGGAUUAUGACACUGAUAACAAAUCGAUGGCAAUGCUAAGACGUCGACUUAGGAUAGCUAGAGAGGAGUACUAUCGAUACAAAAGCGAAUAUAUGAACUUCGUCUUGGAGGCCCUUGAGCUUGAAGAUACCAUAAAAAAUUAUGAAUGCCGCGUUGCAACUGGAUGGAAAUAUAUUUCAAGUUUCAGGCCCGAACGGAAAGGCAGACUUGGUCAUCUUCUCGAUAUAAGUGAGUUGCUUUGGCGUUGUAUGCUAAAAAAGCAAAUUGAGAAGCUUUUGGCCAUUCUUUUGGGUUGCAUGUCAGCUGCAAUCCUUGUUGCUGAAGCUACUAUAUUUCCAAGUGGAGUCGAUUUGUCUCUUUUUUCUAUUCUUAUUAAUGAUGUAAGAAAGCAAGAGGUCCUUGUGCAGGUAGUUGCUUUUGUUCCUCUGAUGUAUAUGUGCUUGUGUACAUAUUAUUCUUUGUUUAAAGUUGGAAUGUUGAUGUUCUACUCAUUGACACCAAGGCAGACAAGCUCAGUUAGCUUGCUUAUGAUAUGUUCGAUGGUUGCGCGAUAUGCACCUCCAAUUUCAUACAACUUUCUCAAUCUCAUUCGCCUUGAUGCGGAUGAAAAAACGAUAUUUGAACAGAGAAUGGGAAACAUUGAUGAUGCUGUUCCUUUCUUUGGGAAGGGAUUCAAUAACAUCUAUCCACUUAUUAUGGUUAUAUAUACAUUGUUAUUAGCUAGUAAUUUUUUUGACCGGCUGUUCGGUUAUUUUGGAAAUUGGAAGAUAUUGCUCAAACUUCAAAGUGAAUCCGAAGAGACAGAUGGAUUUGAUCCUUCAGGAGUAAUUAUCUUGAAGAAAGAAAGGUCUUCACUUCAGGAAGGGCAUAGGAUUGUAGAACAUGUUAUUCCAUUAGCAAGAAAUUUCAACAACAUAAACAUGGAGGUUGAAUUUGACAAAACUAUGAAAAAGCUUGUUACUGAAAAAGAAAUGCAGGAUGGAAACAAAGACCAACUAAAAGCUCUAAAAGAGAAGGUCCAAAAUGAGGCAAAUAUUGAAGCCAUCAGCAUAAAGAAUGCUGCAGCCAUUACAGAUCAAUGCUAUAAAAGACAAGAAGCCGACACGAAAACGACUAACAAAAAUGUGCCUUCCUUAACACUUGAUGAGGAAAACUCCCUAAACAUGACAGGACCAUCAUCUGGAUUAGCCUCAAAAUGGGAGUCGAUGAAGACAAGUUUUCAGGGUCUAAAAUCAAACAUUGGCUCCAAGAGAUUCCUACCUUUACAUCACAUUCAAGAACCGAAACUGGAUUCACCUUCUGAAUCCCUUGAUGAAAUAUUUCAGAGAUUAAAACAACCAACGAUGGAUCAUGGUGAUUAUGGUGAUGAUGAAGACGUCGACCUCUAUGAUUAUGGCAUAAACAUCAAGAUGGGGCCCUUCAGGUCAUAGGUUCUUAUGGCAUAUUCAAUUGGACUUGUUCGAAAAGCUGGUGAAGUUUACAUUUUGGUUUCCCACAACUCUCAAAGUAAUGUGUUUGUAAAAAAAUUGAGUGUCACACAGUCAAUGAAUCUUCCAUUUUCUGGUAUUCCUGCAGCAGAAAAGACAUGCUUGAACCAAGCCUAGAAUACAAGUUUUUUUUUUUUUUUUUUUUGGGGAUAAGAAAACAAUAUGGAAAGGAAUAUUGAUCCCACAAUUUUGUAGAGAACUAAAUACAAGGGAAAAGCUGUAAGCCUGUAAUUAUGAUCGUAACUUGUAACAUGC